AUGAAGUACUCCUUCGCCCUCGCCUCCCUCAUCGCCGUCGCCGCCGCCCAGUCCGGCUCGAGCCCCAUCCCCGAGUGCGCUCAAAAGUGCUUGGCCGACGCCACCUCCUCGGCCACCUCUUGCAAGCUUGGCGAUUACGCUUGCACCUGCGAGCCCGCCAACAAGGCCGCCAUCUCAGCCGCCGCCAGCAGCUGCGUGCUUGCGGCCUGCGGCGCUGACACAGCCCUGAACCAGGUGCUCCCUGCUUCCGACAAGCUUUGCGCCGAAGCUGCCGCCGGUGGUGGUGCUGCUAGCUCUGCUCCGGCCGCCGCAUCAUCCGCUGCUGCCGCCACCUCUGCCGCUGCCUCCUCCGCGAGCUACCAUAGCUCGGCUGCCGCCUCUCACGCUGCCACCACCGCAACCAGCCACGCUGCCGCUACUUCCACUGCCAAUGCUACUGCGACCACUACCACUCCCGUCCAGGCCGGCGCCGCUGGCGUUGCUCCUUUUGGAGGUUUGGCCAUGCUCCUCCUUGGUGCUCUUGCCAUCUAA